AUGGCCGACUUCGAAACUGCAGUGAGUCCCCCGGAGACCGCAGGUCCCUGCUCAGUACGCUUCGGGGAGUUCAAAUUCCGCAACGGGGGCCGAUACCGUGGACAAUACAUCCUAGAAGCAAUGCAAGAUGGGGAUACAGGAAACGAUGAGUCUACCCAGUAUCGUAAAGUUAUCCAUGGCGAAGGGGAAUACUACAAUAAAGGCAAUCACUUCAAUGGCAUCUGGCAUCGAGGAGCUCGCCGUUACGGCACGCAAAGGUUCAAAAACGGCGACUGCUAUACUGGAUAUUUCAGCUGCGUAAAGGCAGAAGAUGGUGAUCCGAUCAAGGUGUUGUCCAAUACGUACCAAGGCUAUGGAACAUAUAAAUGGUCCCUUCCCAGAGGUCGCCAUCAAGGAGAUAAAAUUUACGUGGGAAUGUGGCACGAUGGCAAGAUGCACGGUUUGGGCAAAUACUCGUAUUUUGUGGAAGGUGUCAACUGCAAGGAGUUCAACGGCGUUAGUCUAGAAGGCUCAUUCGACUCUGGUCGGGACGCCGAGAGCAUUGCUGAGUACAUGGUUUGGUACGAAGACCUCCUCAAGCCGGGGCUUGUGAAUGCGGUUAGGAAUUUAGGCGAGAAGGUCGCUGCUUUGAUUGCCGGAGGAGUUGAUGCGAAUGACCCCAAUCGGGAGGCAUUAGCCACUGAGUUGCUCAUGAGGGAGUCAAGCGAGCUCAAAGCAACUGAAGAUGAAGAGACAGACUCAGUGUGGACACGACCAUCAGUUGGAACUGUGGAGGCCCCUGCAUGCCUCACCCCGGAAGCCAGAGCGGCUCUUCCAACCGUUCGAGCGCUAUUGGCACGGAGGAUGCUGGUCGCCGCUAUCGCUAGCAUGAUCGAUGAUGACAGCACUGAUCCGGUUGAGACUUCCAAGGGGGCCGAAGGAGAGUCCAAUGAUAGACUGGUGUUUGAUAUACUCGAUGAUGAGGAUGCGAAAGACCUCACUGGUUCAGCCCAACUUCGUAUAUCAUAUCAGAUUGUUCGAAUGAGCGUCGCAUACCCCGAUCCUCGUGAGGAAGGGACUGGUCCAAUUCGCGGGUAUUUUGACUUUCUGAACAUCAACGAGGACGCCGUGGAUGGACACACGUGCGACUGGAGGUUGCUUCGAGUUGACUGCGGCUACGAGGAUACCAUGGACGAGAGAGCGGAAUUGGAAAACCUCAUAGUGUCUAGCAGUCGUGGCAACAAGGGGAAGAAGAAAUGA